UGUGAACAUUUCUUUACUAUAUGGUCUAACUGUCCAUUUCAUUUCUAUCACUGAAAUAGAAAAAACACAGGGUGGUUGAGCAAUGGAAAAUUGAGCACCCAAUCACAGUGAAUCUGGUGAUGUAAACCAAGUCAACUUCCUGCCUGCUGCACGGAAAGAUUCCUCCCUCAUUCCCAUUUCCCAAUCAUUCCUAUUGUCAUCUUCAUUUUGCUUCUUUAUAAUUCACUGAUUCUCAGACCCACAGAUCCAUCCUACAAGUUUCAACCUCCAUCCCUGCAUAGGCAAAAAUUAAGUGAAGAUGAAGAACAAUCUUGGCACCAAUACCAAGUUUAUACUUCUUCACCCUUACAUUCAGAAACAGGGUGGUACCAACCGAGUGUGGAUUCUGGCUUUUGUUUCAUUCUUCGCAGUUGCAUUCCUGCUUACCCUCUUCUAUGCAAGAGACUACAUUCCCACAACCUCUGCUCCUGUUAUCUCUGCCACCAGCACAGCUGCUGCCAAUUCUCCACUCUCCAAGUCGGUGGCCAGGGCGCUUGUCCAUUAUGCUUCCAACUCCAACAACACUGACCGCAUGUCAUACACAGAUAUCAAACAGAUUUCUGAUGUCCUCCGCCAGUGCUCUCAGCCCUGUAAUUUCCUUGUUUUUGGCCUCACACAUGAGACCCUUCUCUGGCAAGCUCUCAACCACAAUGGUCGAACAGUAUUCAUUGAUGAAAACAGGUACUACGCUGCUUACAUUGAAGAAAAGUACCCAGAAGUUGAAGCCUACGAUGUUCAAUACACAACCAAAUUAAGUGAAAUGAAGGAUUUAGUUUCAGCAGUCAAACAACAAGUACGCAACGAAUGCAGGCCAGUGCAGAACCUACUCUUCUCAGAGUGUAAGCUUGGCCUCAAUGAUCUUCCUAAUCAAUUAUAUGAAAUUGAUUGGGAUGUUAUAUUGAUUGAUGGGCCACGAGGGUAUUGGCCUGAGGCACCAGGAAGGAUGUCAGCAAUCUUCACUGCAGGUGUGCUUGCCCGGAGCAAGAAGGGUGGCAACCCGAAAACACAUGUUCUAGUGCAUGAUUUCAAUCAGAAAGUGGACAGGAUGGUAAGUGAUGAGUUCUUGUGCAGGGAAAACUUGGUGAAGUCUGAGGACAUGCUGGGGCACUUUGUCCUGGAAAAAAUGGAUGCUAACUGCUAUCAGUUCUGUCACAGCCACAACACAGCAUAAUCAUCUUCUCAACCUUGUUAAACCACCACCACCAUCAUCAUUACACUGUUUGUAACAGAAACAAAUAGAUGUGGGAUUGGUUUAUUUAAAAUCUACCAAAUUCUUUUUUGACAGGGGGAGGUUGUGGGCUGUAAAAAUAAUUUUUCUUUUGAGUAUUCUCAGUUGAAUUGAAAAGCAAAAUGUUUGUUUAA